AAUCAAGCCAAGCGAGCGGUCCCACUAAUACAAUGAACAAAAGGACCUUUUCGAUUGUUCCCAGCGAUCGACUCCUCGAUAGAAACUCUAGAGGGAAACGAUUGCAUAGAGCUCGGAACUCCAAGACUCAUGGCAGUUUUGGUUGCCAGAAAAAAGUGAAGUUUACAGCUAAGGAUGCAGAUACCUCUACAACAUGCAGAAUAGAAACUUCUCCCAUGCCUGUAGGAAGAAAAGAGGAUACGACAUAUGCAAAUCAACCAAAAACCUCUGAGUAUGCAUUCUUCAAGAAGUCAAAGGAGGAUGCAGGUCAGAUAUGUCAUUCGAAUUCCCUGCAAAAGGAUGCAUGCCUAUCAAAGAAGCCUGAACCAAAUGACUGUUUCAGAG